AUGGGUCAUUCAGCUUACUCGGUAGCUGCCGCCCUCCCCGGGCGCAAGGGUGAGGAGGAGGGGGCCGAAACAAAAACGUAUCGUACCCUUAAGAGUCCAAAAAAUGACCGAGCUCUAAGGCCGCGGAUAUGCCGUAUAAAGCUGCUGUGCGUUCUUUCCGUCCGGUCAUCCGGUGUGCAGUACCGUUACUGCCCACCCGCGCCGGUUGGAAAGUCCAUCGUUCGGUGCCGGUUCCAUCACUCAUUUACUCGCGGUAUUCUACUUUGCCAGCUAAGGUUGCAUCACUCGCACAUACGAUGUGAAGACGGAUUGUAUGAGGAAGUUGGAAAAAAAAAGUCAACUUAUCCACUUGGCCCGAUGAUAGCAAAAGGGGUGCCUCGCCGUAUUGUAGGAGCAGAGUACGGUCCCUGUAUUGUAUGAUAAUACCGAUACGACCACGGCAUCUGUAUCAUAUAUGCAGCCAAGGCGCACCCAAAAACCUUCACUUUGCAGAUGAAGCAGAAAAACCCACCCAAACAGGUGGAGGGUGAGGUAGUCUAGUUUAAGGCGACGCAAUCAAUCCCGAGAAAUGCCCAGAGCCAAGGACGAGUAAUAAAUUCGAAAACUAGAAACCCGGCAGUCUCAACCAUCAUCACGUUAGAUGAAUCCCCGAGAGCCCCGGGCACCGUAGACGUUAAACUUCACGAAGCAUCACUCGCCGAAUCUCUCGCAUGCAAGCAAGGGAUAGUUAACCGUCCCCUCCAACCCAUCUACCUACCUACCCCACAAACUUUGCAAUCAACCUGAAACGAAGCACGCCCCACUGAUCCGGGGAGCUCGAAAUCACCUGCCGAACUGGACGGGACUCCCCCCGCCCCCCGCCCAGAGGAUCGGCGAACGCCAACGGACAAGUAUGCGCGAUGUUGUGCCUGCCUCCCCGCCCGCCCGCCUUCCUGCCUGCCUGAUACCUGUGUCUCGGGUGGGUUGGAAUAAAUGGAUGAAUGAAGCCAAGUAAUUUUAUAUGAGGCCUAAAUGACCAAUCAGGCUUGCCAAGAAUGCAACGGCGCGAAUAGGCUACGGAAUACUCGAGUAAUAUUAUAGGCGAUUCCGGGGCCGACGGGCCCCCCGGGGGGAGGGGGGAAGGGGGGGGAA